AACCCCUCCAUGACUGCCCCGGGUGUCCUAACUGCCCCCCUACAGCCCCCCAGAACUGACUGACCCUUAACUGCCCCCCAGAGCUGCCCUGUACGCCUCCUAUCUGCCCCCCGCAGGCCCCAGAACUGCCCUGUGCCCCUUAACUGCCCCCCAGAGCUGUUCCAUGCACCCUUUAACUGCCCCCUACAGCCCCAAAUUGCUCUCGCAGCCCCCUAGGGCUGCCCCAUGCUCUCUUAACUGCCCCCCACAACCCCCUCGAGCUGCCCCCACAGCACUCACAAAUGCCCCUGCACCCCCUAACUGCCCCCGUGGCCCCCUAGAACUGCCCUUGUGCCCCCUAACUGCACCCAACAGCCCCCUAGAACUGCCCCUGCACCCCUCAACUGCCCCGUGACCCCUAACUGCACCCUGCAGCUCCCCCGAACUGCCCCUGCCCCCCCCAUAACCGCCCCUGUUCGCCCCGCCCCUUCCGGGCCCCGCCCAUCCCUCAGACCACGCCCCUCCACCUCUGGCCCCGCCCCGUCCUCCUGGCCCCACCCCUGGCCCCACCCCGCCGUUCUCGCGGGCAGCGGGAGGCUCCGCCCCCGGCAGUGGGAGCGGGAGCGGAGGCGGCGCGGAGCGCGGGAUGGCGACGGCGGAGGAGCGCGAGACGCUGCUGGCCCUCCAGCGCGCCCUCCCCGACGAGCAGUUCCAGGCCUUCAAGUACCUCCUGGAAGGGCAGAUCCCGCUGAGCCAGCUGCGCCCCGCCACCCGCCCCGACCUCUGCAGCCUCCUGCUCCAGCACUUCCCCGGCCAGGCCCUGCGCAAGACCGGCGCCGUCCUCCGCCAGCUCUCCCGCUUCGACCUCAUCCAGCGUUUCCAGCUCCCCGGCACGGAGGACGUCCUCGGGCCCGCCGCGGGCUCCUCCGGCACGAGCGCCGGCGAGGACACGGCCGCGGGGUGGGCUCUGCCUGCCGAAGCCGGGCGUCCUCGCGGCUGCGGUGCCCCGUCUUUCUCCCCAGCAGGAGAGCAGAAACUGUUGACAGAGAAGGACCUCAUGCAGGUGGCCCAAAAAAUGGGCAGGGAGUGGCAGGAGAUGGGGAUCCAGUGCCUGGGGCUGGAGAAGAGCCGCCUGGACCAGAUCCGAGAGGACAACCCCAACAACGUCGUGAUGCAGAUCUUCGAGAUGCUCCGGGAGUGGCGCAGGAGGGAGAAGCAGCACGCCACCGCCCCGCGUCUCCACGCCUGCCUGGCCGGAGCCAACGUGGACCCCGAGGUGCUUGCCUUCCUCCAGAGCAUUGGGGGCAUCUGAGGGGCACCACAGCGGGGUGGGUGAGCGGGAAGCAGAGCUGCAGUCGGAGGGUCUUGGGGCAAAGCCGAGAUCUCGCCGAGGCAGUGAGGUGUCUGGCCCUGCCCUCCCUUGCCUGGCCUUUUCGUAUUGGAAACGGAACAGUAAAAGUAUAUUUUUUCCUA